CUAAAUGGGAAAGAAAAAUAACACACAAAAGAGAAAGAGAUGUCUACCAUUUUGUGAUAGAGCAGAUUAUUUAUAUCAGCCACUAGCCUUUGCUUCUUUCUCCUCCUCAUCACCUCUCUCUCUCUUUUUUUUUUUCGUUUUCUUUCCAGAGACAUUUGGUCUGAUCUCAUCAUCAAUCACAAUCACUCAAACAAGGCCUUGAGAACAAAGAAAAAAUUAAAUGACCCAAGAGAAGAAAAAUGGCCUAAUAAUAAUAGUAUCUUCUCAGUGAAAUCAUAACUAUUCUGUAAUGGUCAGUUCACAUAAGCCAUAACCACGCGUCUCUGCUACUUUACAUUACAUCCAAUCUCUCGUGAAACAACAACUUGCUUCUUCCACCACUAUGACUACGACCACCACAACCGCGGAUAAUAACGGCGGCAAAACGCAAACGCAAGCGCACAAGAAACAAGUGAGAAGACGACUCCAUACGAGCCGUCCUUACCAAGAGCGUCUCCUUAACAUGGCCGAAGCUCGUCGAGAAAUCGUCACCGCCUUAAAACAACACCGCGCUUCCAUGAGACAAGCCGCCAAGAUUCCACCGCCUCCACCGCCGCAUAUUCCUUUUUCUUCACCGCCGCCUCCGGAUCCAUUUUCUUGGUCGAGUUCUCAUCUCAACUUCCUCCUCCCUAAUAAACCAUUAGGGCUGAACCUCAACUUACACGACUUCAACGACUUCAUUCAAACCUCUUCGACAUCAUCAUCUUCAUCGUCAAAUUCUCCUUCAUCAUCCUCAGUAAUGUUUCCGACCACGUAUCCUCAAUUCUACUCCUCCCCUUCCACUCCCCUUCCCGCCUUCACCGCCACAUCCGAAUCGGUUCCUCACCAGCCGCCAAAGCAGCUGAUGGAAUCGGAGAACAACGUGGUGACGUCAGCUUGGUGGUCAGAGCUCAUGAUGAAGUCGGUGGAAGAAGACGUGUUCCCGAAGUUAAGUGACGUGAUGGAGUUUCCUUCGUGGUUAAAUACAACGGAUGAAGAAGAAUUGUUUCAUCCUUACAAUCUCACCCAUUACUCAUCCCCUCAUAAUCCUCCAUUGUCCUGUAUGGAGUUUGGAGAGAUUGAGAGCAUCGAUGGAGACGACUGGCUUGCUUGAACCACAAAGAGUGAUUAAUGUCUCUUUUUUUCAGACAUGGUGAAUCAACUCUUUGGUUCUUUACUUCCCUACUUCUUUUCUUAUUUAUUUGUGUUCCUUUCUCAUUUUUCUUUUCGUUGGGAGACAUAAGAAAGACAUUUUGAAUAUUUAAGAAUAAUAACAAGCUUAGGGAUAAAAA